CGACGGCGGUGGCCGAGGAAGCGUAGCGCCGAGAGAGGAGCGUCACCUCCGCGUUGCGUCACGUGGGCCGACCCGGGGGGAUGGAAAGGAAAGCGUAGAACUUCUUCCGGGUCACUGUCAAUAGGCUCAACCUGGGGCGGGAACCUCUUUCCUCUUCCCUGUAACACACGGGCUGCACCGACUUGAGGUGCUUGUGAUUCGGUGAUGAGUUCCCAGAAAGGCAACGUGGCUCGGUCCAGGCCUCAGAAGCACCAGAACACGUUCACCUUCAAAAAUGACAAGUUCGAUAAGAGUGUUCAGACCAAGAAAAUUAAUGCAAAACUUCAUGAUGGAGUAUGUCAGCGCUGCAAAGAAGUUCUUGAGUGGCGUGUAAAAUACAGCAAGUACAAACCACUGUCAAAACCUAAGAAGUGGGAAAGACCUCGCUCUUCUACUGUCGGUGAAAGGAGGCCAAAUGCAUCCCAGUAUAUUGAGUGAGAUAAGAGGAAUCUGUGUAUAGCAGAGGAAUCCGAAAAAUUGUGCCGAGCUGCUCACCAUGAAAAUAAGCCGUAUGUGAAGGGCAUUUAAGAAGAAGAAAAAAAAAAGUGUUAGGGAAAGGAAAACUAGAAUCACUCAGCAGAAUGUAAAAAACUCUUGGAAAGAAGCCUGAUCAGAAAAGAUGAGAAAUGGCUCAACUGUGGCUUCCAAGGCACAGACUGGGUUGGGUUGGGGGCUUGAUUUUAGGGAAUGCAUCUUAAGAACAUCAAAAGCAAGGGGAGAUAUCUGAGGCAGACCUAGAAAAGCAUUUGAGGAUAGCCAAAGUCUUUGAUCAACUGCAAGUAUAUUAAAUGCUGUCAGAGUUUCACCCUAUCCAGUCCCUUUGUGCCAUUGUGUCCCAGUCACUUUGAUGUCAUUCUGUGGGAACUGAAAAGAAUAUAUAGGACAGUGGUGGUUUACUUCAGAUAUUCUUUAAUUACGUUUUGUAGCUAUCUCUAUGGACACGUUGCGGAAUAAUGCUGAAUGUAAAAGGAACUUCAUCCCCUCGGUCACAAAGUCUGUCCCUGAUGCUCUAGGAGGAUCCAUAGAAAAAUAAGACAGUCUGUCCUCUCGCAGAGUUUACAGUUAGCUGGGAAUCGUGCAUGAGGUGUUUGGUUACUUGUUACCUAGUAAACCUCUGCUCUUGUAGCCUGAGCCGCUGUGCUUUCUCUGGAGUCCAUGUCAUCACUGCCCCAGGACCCAGUGACACCUCCAUUCUUCCUGCUCCUUGACGUAUUGCUGCAGGAGCAGCACAGGUACCAACAUUGAUCUCCAAUGCUUACAGCAGUCACCCAUUGGGAGCCGUUCCUUUCCAUCAAGAUGGAAUGGAAUUAAAUGAAAGAGAAUUUAAAUAAAAGAAGCAAGCUCUUUGAGGGUUAGGAUGUGAACCUUGGUAAAGUUGUUAUGUGUCAUGUGUCAAGCCUCGGGUUUAAAUCUUCAGUAAUGAAAACAAAAGCUCUACAUACUGACGUAAAAAUACUCUUCUAGAUCUUCUCCUAGAUUAAAGCCACAAACUCAUCUUCUAUUUGUUUCUCUGCAUUAGCACUACCUGCUAUGUACCCAGGAGGGUGUCCUAAAUGGUUAUACCAAUGGAUGUCAUUGCCCUUUUCACUUUUAUUUGGAUAUAGUCAAUGGGAUUCUUGAAAGCAGAAUUCCUCCCCCCCUAAGUUUUUGGGUAAUGUGCUGGCUGGUUUUGUGUGGUAGCUUGAUAUACGAUAGAAUAAUCAGAGAAAGAGGAGCCUUAGUUGAGGAAAUGCCUCCAUGAGAUACUGCUUUUAAAAUAUUUUCUCCAUCAGUAAUCAAUGUGGGAGGGCUCAGUCCUCAGUGAGUGGUUCUAUCCGUGGGCUGGUAGUCCUGGGUUUUAUAAGAAAAUAGGCUUAACAACCCUCUCUAUAGCCUUUGUAUCUGCUCCAGGGUCCUGCCCUGUUUGAAUUCCUGUCCUGAUUUCCUUCAGUGACUGACUACAUUAUGGAAAUUUAAGUCAAUUAAACCCUUCCUUCCCCAAC